UGGAAAUAAUUCUAAUCAUGAAAUCAGUUGUUUUCUAAUUGUACAGCGUUGUCGUCAUGGAACGUCAUAGUACCCAUCAAAUAUCGUUGGUAUAAUCCGAAAAUAUUUACUUUUAAAAUCAAUACUUCAUCCAUUGGAGUUUAAACAUUAACAUCACUUUUCAUUCUCGCAGUAUUGGGCAUCAGCUGAAAUUGCUGAGCUAUAUACAUGUAAUACUAAUUUCUAUCUUAGUAAGAUUGAAUUUCUGAAGAUGUAUCAAAUGCCACGAUGUACAACGAUAUUCUUCAGUAUGAUUUUGAACGUGAGCUUAUCAGUCCUUGUGUCGGGACAUCACGUGGAUGUCGUCAGGAAUCUGACAAAGCUUCUGUUUGAAACCAAUGUCUAUGAUAAAACGCUUCGUCCGUCGAUGGACCAUUCUUCGGCAACACAGUUGUCUGUGAGCUUCCACUUGAUGAGCAUAAACAGGCUGGACGAGGUAGAAAAGAGGUUAGUCAGUACGGCGUAUCUUGUCGUGGAAUGGCGAGACGAAUUCCUGACAUGGAACACUUCACAAUACCCUGUGUAUCGGCUGUCACUACCCCAAACCAUGAUAUGGAAACCGGAUUUGGUUUUGAAAAACGGAUUCACCGAAUUCAAGGAGCUGGGUGGUUCGUUUUAUUACGUCCUUGUCAAAGAUGACGGAGUAGUCAAAUGGAAACCGUAUCAGGUGUUUGAAUCUCAGUGUUCUAUAGACGUUACGUAUUUUCCGUUUGAUACCCAAACCUGUAACAUUGUUUUUACAUUGUGGUCACACACUGAGUACCAAGUAACGGUGGAUACUUUUGACAUUGUAAUAGAUAGGGAUGAGUACCAAAGCAAUAGUGUGUGGGAAAUUGUGUCUACCAGCCAAAAGCGAGACAACUCAACAAAAAACGUUGUUCUCACAUACAGUCUUCGUUUAAAACGGAAACCUUCGCACUUCGUUCAAAAUAUUGUACUACCAAUUUUGUUUCUCGGAAUCCUAAAUAUACUUGUGUUCGUCAUUCCUGCCGAUGCUGGAGAGAAGAUGUCGUACUCUAUAACAGUAGCGCUUGGAUUCAUGGUAUUUCUGACGAUCAUUAGUUCGGAACUUCCUGCAAACUCGGACACCACUCCGUAUAUCAGUUCUUACCUACAGAUUCAGAUCAUCAUGGGAGGUGUUGCUUUGGUUGUAUCCUCACUACAGCUUCGCUUACGUCACAGAAAUGAGGUUCAAAAGGUCAAUGGAAUUUUUGAAUUAAUUUCGAAAAUUUCGCUCUGCAAAAUACCGACGCACAAGAAUGCGAUUGCUCACACUGAUGUGUCACUUGGUGGGGAGAAAGAACAGAAUCUGACCCAGAACGAGGAGGAAGAAAACGUGUCCUGGAAUGACGUCUCGUCUGCGAUAGAUUUUCUGAUGUUUGUUAUCUAUUCCUUAGUAUACCUCAUUAGCACAAUUGGUGUGAUGGCUAUACUGGAGCGUGGUAUUUGACAACUUGUUGAACUGGAAUCACUCACUUUACUGGUGUAGUUUGCUGUAUUCGAGAAAACGGUUUAAUGUUGUAAGAAGAAUAAGAUGAUUAGAGAAGAAUUAUAUUCAACUCCUCAAGCACAUUUGUAGAAAUUAUUAUAUGCGGUAGAGCAGUAAUUAUCACCUUUCUUUAGUUUAAAUCCUGAUGACAUGCAAGGUUCAUGUUGCUUUUUAAAUCCAAAGGCCAAAGGUCAAGGUCAUUAUCACACUAAAUACCUAUUGCGGCCAUUCCAAGCUUUAUACUUAUAAACUAUAUAAAAUACAUGAAUAUUUUUACUUCGUGAAUGAAAGCGUGCAAAAAUUUUCUAAACUACAACUCGACCAUACACAUCUUUCAUGCAUAUUAUUUGGAAAUUAUAUAAUUUACAAGUCUUUAUAUUAUAUUAUUUAAAAAGAGAUGCCUGACUUGUGGAUUUGCAUAUUUAUGAUUGACUAUCACAUUCAUGUAUCGUUCAUUGCAUAGGAAACCUCUAGUCCUAACGUGUGUCAAACAAUUUGAAAUUAUGUAAAUAAUUUGUUAAAAUGUUUACAAUUCACAUGUACAUAUUUACAGUUCUAGUAGUUUAGAAACUAUUUUUAUGCCCCCGAGAUCGAAGAUCAAGGGCAUAUUGAUUUUGUACUGUCUGUCAUUCUGUAAUUCUGUCUGAUACUUUAACCUUUCUAACAACUUUUGAACAUUAAGUGAUAGAGCUUUGAUAUUUCACAUGAGUAUUCCUUAUGACAAGACCAUUCCGUGGGUACCAACAUGUUUUAGCCUUUGACCUUGGAGUUUGACCUACUUUUUGAAAACUUUAACCUUGCUUUUAACUUUUGAACAGUAAGUGAUAGAGCUUUGAUAUAUCACAUUAGAAUUUUUUGUGACAAGACCUUUCCAUAGGUAUCAAUAUUUUUUAUCCUGUGACCUCCACCUUGAAGUUUGACCUACUUUUAAAAAACUUUAACCUUACCAAUAACUUUUGAACAGUAAUAGCUAGAGCUUUGAUAUUUCAUUUGAGUAUUUCUUCUGAAAAGGCCGUUUUGUGGGUGCCAACAGUUUUGAUCCUGUGACCUUAACCUUGGAAUUUGACCUAAUAUUAGAGCUUUUAUAUUGCACUUGAGCAUUUCCUGUGACAAUAUCGUUCUACUGGUACCAAGAUAUUUGUCUUUGCGACCUUGGUCAUCUUCGGAAUUGGCCAUUAUCGGGGGCAUUUUGUGUUUCACAAACACAUCUUGUUUUAUACAAGUUUAGAGUGUUUGCAUGUCUAUCUCAUUAUAACCUUUUCUGUGAUACUGAAAAUAGCGAUGAAAAUCCAGCAUUGCAAUUUAUUUAACCCUGAUCAGGCAUCAGUCUGUAUUAUUAACUCAAAAUAUGACAUUGCAACAGUAUUAUAUUCUUUACACAAUCAUAGUUAACUGUUCUGUAUGGAUGCUAUUCCUAUUCAACAGUAAUGCUUUUACAAUUGUUAAUUGUCCAGAUACCCGUAUAUGCAUAAUAUUCUAAAAUGCCUGAACUUGCAGCACUUUAUGCUACAUUGUAUAUUUGUCACUUGAAAAGACCGUUGUCUGGCUUGUGGACUUGUUUAUUUAUGUUGGACUGUAACAUGUAAAAACAAAUUCAUUGCAUAGGAAACUUCUAGCCCAAAUGUGUGUCAAGAAAUUACUAUGUUACCAAUUUUGUUACAAUGUUUACAAUUUACAUGUUCUUGUUUACAGUUUUAGUAGUUUAGAAAAUUUCUUUACUAAAAAGAGAAGUGGAGUGUUUACAUAACCACUUGAGUUUAACCUUUCGUGUGUUAUUGACAAGUUGUGUUGUGCAAUUCCGAAGUAUGCCAUUUAACAUUUGGUUUCAUUAUGUUGGUCCAUAAAAUAAGCUAUUAAACAUAUAUUAUCAUAUGUCAACCUAUCAUAUGUUAUCUGUCUGUUCUGUUGACAUAUUAAACUUUGUUCCAUACCUUUAUCUAUAUUUCUUUUCAUUUACUUUAUUAUAGCAUUCAUGCUUUUUCACAUGAGUUCAGCAACUGAUUUAGCUAUGAAUAGCUGAAGAGCUAAGUACACAAGUUAAAGUGGUGACCCUCACUAUAAGAUACAAACCACGGAUAUUGAGGUUUAAUAAGGAAGGAACUAUCUCGACAAAAUGAAAACCAAGAAUAUCGAGUUCUGGGUCAUACUGAUUACACAAAACUGGCCACAAGACUAGGAGGCUACCAUACAAGCAUCCCUUUAGAUAUUUGUUUUGACUUCAAAACCAUAAAAAAGGAACAUACUUCAAGAAAAUUUCGAUUUUAAACACUUCUUUUCUUAUAUAAAAACACGAAUAGGAAGUUGUUCGUAAAUCUGCAAUUCAAGACCAAUGUCUCAUUAAAGUAUUUGUCUGAAGAGUUUUCAUAUGUUUGUCAUAUUAGCAUAACUGCACCAUUUCUGAAAGUUAUGCAUUGAAUAAUUUGAUCCCGUCUUUCAGUACUUUGAUAUAUAGUGAGAUACCCCCGGAAAGACUGAAUAUUUAGUGAAAUUUUGGCUAUGUAGUGAGCCUUAUCCCAGAGAAGCCUCACUAUAUAGCCAAACUGCCCGGGAGAAGUCUCACUAUAAAGCCAUUCGUCCCCCUUUAUAGUGAGGCUUCCUCAUUUACUUUACUAUCUGGAAAAAUCCUUUUCGCUAUAAUUUACACGUGGUCAUUGAAAUACAAGCACAACUUCUUUCAUGCACUUUUUAAAGUUAGUUAAAUAUUAUAUCCGGAAACUAGUAUAGGUACCUUUAAAAAGUCCUAUUUUACAUCAUUGUUUCUCGGCCAGUACACGAGGUUGCGUUAAAAAUCAAUAUUUUCAUAUUCUAACUUGUAAAUGACUCUUUUGAUAUCCGAAGGACAACACCAAUUUGAAGUGUCGUAGUAUAAGCAAUCUACAUGAUCAUAAGUUAAUGAAAGGAAAGUGAAGUUCUUUCAUGACACUCAAUAAGGAGUGGUGCAAUAGGGAUGGAUGCGUGGUCAUAGCCUCGGAGACAAUGGGUCUGAAAAGUCCGCCGUAAUGCUUCCAGUAGGAACAUGGGAUGAAUCCCUUGAUGGUACAGAGUGGAACCCUCUUCAGUAGGUUCCCCCUUUCGGAAGUGUGGUGGAGGAUUCAGAGGAGUGUUUGUGACCUUUGCUGACAAUCAAAAGUUAUCCUCUAUUCACUUUUUUAUUAAUUGUCUAUCACCGUAUGGAAAUCCUUUUAAAUUUAGCUUAAACUACUGUAGUUUUUUUUAAAUGUAUUUAGUGUAAAAAAGGAAAUACUCUUCCUAUUUCCCCCUGGGUGUUAGGUUACACUUCAACUUUGCAGUACAUGUAUUUACUCAAGAGUAGGAGAACUAAAAUAUCUCACUUGUUUUUCCUUUAUAAAUCUUUCUUUUAAUUCGUUGGGCUAGAAAAGUGGAAAUUGACAUAGAAGCUUCCAGACAUAGAAUAGAUCAAAUUGGUUCAAUACAUGGCCCCCGGAGGUCCCCGGAGGCCCCCGGAGGUCCCCGGAGGUUCGGUGGGCCAACUGUGGGGCUGCUGAUACAUGGAUGUAGGAAAUGUCGUUUAAAUAUAAUCUAAUAUAAGUACGUAUUUAUCUGCCCAUACACUGUGUCCUUACACAUUAGGGUUAGUGGAUAUAGCCACCCCUUUAAGGGGGAUGACUAUGGAGCGACAAAUCAACUCAAAUAAUUGAAGAUAUCUAUAAUUAUUUGACUAUAUCUAUAAUUAUUUUAAGUUAUCAAUUCAUUUGAUGCGUGUUACAUUUCAGUUGAAGAGAGCAAUAAUUCAAUUAAUACUGGUACAGUAUCAAUUCAAUAAUGAGGAAAAUGAUUCUCAUUAAUUAAUUAAAACGCGCAUCAAAUCAAUUAUUACUCAGGAGGUAUGCUACAUCAGAGAAAUUUGAUAGGGAUGAAAAGUGGAGGAUAUGUUAAACAAUAUUUUGAAAUUGAAAACUGCAGUUUUAGUUGAGGCAAUCUGAA